AUGACUUCUAUUCAGUGGGACAGCCAACAAUUUUAUCAACCACCACGCCCUGUGGCUAUACCGCCUUCGACAUUUUGGCCACCUUCGCAUCCACAACCAGGUGUUGGUUCGACUCACUUUCAACCGUCUACAGCCAGUGCCCAUUUUGAAGGGGUCAAGAGGACAAUUACGCAUGACGCAGCCCAGAUGCACAUGUCAUCCAGUUCGGACCACGCAGAACUGCCUCUUAAUCAACGUCAACGCCAAUCUCUACCAGAAACAGGAGAAACCACGCAGGCUAUUCGAUACAGUGGAGAUGCAGACGUUAGCGAUGCAGAGUCCGAGUUUCCUUCUAUUGAAGAACUCCUAUUACCAGAUAUAAAUGGCAGCCUUAGCAGCGUCUGCGGAAACGUGACAGGUUCGGAUAAACUGAAAUGGGGUACAAGCCAGGAUGAGCCUAUCCUCCUGGACAGUGAUGUGGGCGACAGUGGAGUGCUGGAUGAUGCUGAGAGGGAGAUCCUAGUAGAUUGUAAUGGUGGGUGCACCAGAGGAAAAAGAGCCAAAGGGUUGUAG